AUGCUAAUCAGUGCUUACGUUCUUCUCGCCGCCUCCCUUCUUGGUGCUACCAGAGCCGCUGAUUAUCCUUUCGACCUUACUACGCUAUCUGCGCCCGAUGGUUCUAUCACUGCGAAGUUCGUCUCGUUCGGUGCGACGAUGACCGAGCUAUGGGUGAAAGACAGAAAGGGCAAACCAAGGGAUGUGAUCCUGGGGUAUGACGACAAUUCCCAAUUGCUGACGGACCCGGCGCAUCCUGUUUUCAACCCAAUCGUUGGGCGUUAUGCCAACCGCAUCAGAAAUGGUAAAUGUCACGAAUGUCAAGUGACUUUACAUGGUGGUAUCUAUGGCUGGGACCGUCGCAACUGGACCAUUGUGUCGAGGACACGCACAAGCGUCACCUACAAACAUGUUGAUAACGCCGACGAAGGGUUUCCUGGUGUUGUAACGGCAUUUGCGAAGCACGAAGUUUCCAACGGCGGCGUACUGAAGACAACAGUUUCGGCCACUGCAACGCAGAAGACGCCCAUAAUGCUUACCCAACAUAUUUACUGGAAUUUGGAUGCGUUCCAAGAUGGGAGCAAUAACAUUCUUAACCACCAUCUCAAGGUCGAUGCAUCGCGUGUCAUUGCCCUGGACAGCUUCGCCCUGCCGACUGGCGACUUCAUUAAUGUCACGAACUCGCCAUUUGAUUUCAGGCGCGAACAGCAGAUUGGAGCAAGAUGGGACAAUACUGUGGAUUUAUGUGGUUCAGGAUGCCAGGGCUACGACCACGCAUGGGUAUACGACAACGACGCUAGCCGGAACGUCGGAACAUCUCUCUGGAGCGAUUUGUCCGGAAUCAAGGUGGACAUUUCGACAAACCAGCCGGCAACCCAAGUUUACACAUCGUUUUGGCUCGAUACGCCACGCAAGGCCACACACGGCGGCCCCUCGUUGAGUUAUGGCAGAUGGUCGGCAGUAGCCAUUGAGCAGGAAGGGUAUCUCGACGCUAUCAACACACCUGAAUGGGGAGUUGAUCAAAUAUAUGAUCCGAGCCGCCCAUUUUUCUGGAGUUCCACGUACAAAUUCUCCACUCGUCCGUAG